AGAGGGCUGCCGAACAGGGGGCUGCCGAAAAUCGAUGCCGUUCCAAGGUACAGUGUGCGCAACGUGCAGAUGGCUGCCCUGGCUUGCUGGCGCUCACCGCUUUUGCAUUCGCAUCGCAUUGAUUGUGCUGGACUUCAACACAGUCCCAGAAGACGAAGAACCAGGCCCUCUGGAAACGGACUAGAGCCGCGCGGCGCAAGGCCAAGGCCGCGCAGUUCAAUUCACAGAAAGUCGAGGACUCCAACGUCACACCGCCGCCGGCGCCGUCCCCAGCGAAGAUGGACCCGAAGACGGCGCGCGCCAUUCUAGACGCGGCCUUCGCCCAGUUCAAGGCCAACAAGGACUCUUUAACAAAAACGAUCCAAGAUAUUGAAAAUGCGCCGGGCGACGCGUCCUCGAAGCAGAUGCAGAAGAUGAUGCAACUGCUCCCGAAGGUCCAGCAGCUCAUGGCGCCGGCGCUGACGGAGCACGGCUUCAAGGCCGACGAAUUGAUGAGCGUGGUCAUGAAAAUCCAGGCCUGCGCCGCCGACGACCCGACGAUCGCGGCGGACACGAUGAAGCUCAUGAAGGCGGCGCAGGGGGACAUCUCGGGGCUGGUCUAA